AAAAAUUAGGGAAAUUAUUUAACGAAAAGUUAAAAGACCUCAGCAGAACACAGGGAACGUACAAUACGACCUAGAUUAGUUAAAUAACUGUGUGUUCAAUUAUUGCAUUGCAUAAUAUAUUGUCCAAAAAAAUUAAGUUUAUUUAAAUAAAGUGAUGUAAUUUUAUAGAAAAUGUCUUCUAAAACAGAUUUAAUAAAGCCAAAAACAGUCCGAGUCUUUGAUUUAGACGAUUACGAAAAGUUACUUAAAGGCAUACAGGUGGCAGCAUGCAUGAUAACAGAGUCACACCAAAUUGUUGAUGAACAGAGUGUUUUAAAGCGUCUCAAUGCCUUAACUAUAAUUGGAGCUAGUGAUGGGAACUGUUGUUCAUGUUGUGGUGCUGGUUGAUUUGAGACGAGAGCCCAGCAGACUGCACAUUAUAAAAAUCACUGGCAUACUCAUAACUUGAAGAGGAAGUUAUUUGGAAAGUCUGCAUUGACACUUGGACAGUUUAAUUCACGGCAAGAUGACUCCAGUGUAUCAGGCAGUGAUUCCGAAACUGAAAGUACAAACUCAAAACCAGCUAGUGAUCUGUUUGCAGCAGCAACAAGACAUUGUAAAGCAUUUUUUACCAACCAAGCUGGACAAGUUUAUUGUGUAUAUUGAUGUAUUAUCAUAAAAAGGUUAGAAGAGAUGUCAACUGAUGGAAAAGGCUAUGCCUGGAUAGCGGGAUACCAGCGCUGGGCCGUAUUGAUGGUAUCUGGUGGACAUUUUGCUGGGGCUAUCUUCUCUGCGGCUGUUCCAGUUGUCCAUAAAACACACCAUUCGUACGUUACUAGACGUGGGCAAGAACAAAGUGCUAGAGAUCAGCAUGGGAAUAUGCCUGCAAUACUACCGUCAUUGCCAUUUACAGACCGCCAGGGUAUAAAGACGUCUCCCAAUUUAUAUUGGAUAAAAACGCUAUCGGAACAAAGCUCGAAAGGUGUUCUAACGAAUUCUCGUAAGGACCUGAUUAUUGGCAACAAUUCAAUCAGUGCGCGCAGCUCCUAUAGCGAACAAGGCGUAUUAGAAGAAAAGAAGGCAAAUAAGAAAAAGAAACCAGAGGAAAACAAAAGAAAGGUCCGUCAGAAGCUGAAAAAAGUUGUAGUUAAAAUACCAGCAAAUGUUAAAAAGAUGUGGAAAGAAAUAUCUGGCAAUGAACAGAAUUCACUCGAGACAAUAAUUGAGACUUGGGAAGGUGAUUUAGAAGAGGCGUGUAACACUCAACAUCCGACUGAUGGCAACACAGCCCUUCAUAAGGCUGCCAUAGCUGCCAAACUAGAUAUGGUUACUCAAAUCCUGACAGCCGGUGGAGACCCAUGUAUAAAGAAUCAUCAGCUUCAAACUCCAUACGCAGCGACACCCCAUCACGAUACUCGAGUCGCAUUCAGAAUGUUCCAGGCUCAAUAUCCCGAAAAAUAUAAUUACAAUAAGUCACAAAUACCGGGUCCGUUAACACCUGAAAUGUUAGAGAUUGAGAAAGAGAAGAAGUUACAACAGAAACGCGCGAAGAGAUUAAGAGAGAAAGAGAAACAAGUGGAGAAGAAUAAGACUUAUCACUUCUUACAUUUAACGGACGCCCAGAAGGUCAAAGUUGAGGUGCCAAGAUGUUUCCUCUGUGCUUCGAAUCUACCAAAAGUGCCCUUUGAGUAUGACUCAUACAAGUUUUGUACAGUCAAGUGCCUUCAGAAUCACAGAAACGUGAGACCUCUACAUAAAAGUGCUUGA